CCUAACUUCAAACCCAAAACAAUUAUGUCGCACAUACUGGCAUCAAAGCUCGAGUGUCAAUGUGGCGGAAAAGGUGGUCCAAUCGACUCGGUUAUAGCGCCGAUUACUCAGGAACUUAGAUGUAUGCAGAAGGUGCUGAAAAGAGUGAGACGUUUUCAGAUGAUCGAACUUAUUCGAAGGGAAACUGAGAUGUAUGACGCCGAGUUGAGGGCUCUGAACCUCUCCAUUUGGCACGAAGUUGGUCCAAGAUACUGCAAAUAACUGAGAAAGGCACCUCAGUUCCACAGAAAGAUUGACGUUCUUCAAAGUUUAGAACUAGUUUUCGUAAACAUUUUGUUUUUAGCUGUUUUUCCUAAACU